AGAGAGACCAGCUGACUGAGAAGCCGAAUAGGACACCGGACGCUGGCAGUUCCACACAACGUCUGCUGAAUUAUAACUUUGGAGAAGGUUGUAAUUUGUCUGCAAAGGACCAAUCAGUAAUUCUUAGCCGUGCCGGAGACUGAUGUUACUGCCCUUGCUCUUGUUCAACUUCGUCUAGAUGUGCUGAAGUGCAUCUGUUAGAUCAGCGUUGGCAGGAAAGUCAGUUUAACCUCAUACAGAAUUCAACAUGUCUUCAAACAAGAACUGGUCCUCCUACGAUGAUGAUCAAUCGUCUAAGCUCAUGAAAAAAGCAAAAGAGUCACCUUUUGUACCAGUAGGCUUGGCUGGGUGUGUGGCGGUUGUUGCCUAUGGACUCUAUAAACUUAAAUCGAGGGGAGAUACAAAAAUGUCUGUGCACCUCAUCCACAUGCGUGUUGGAGCACAGGGCUUUGUGGUGGGUGCCAUGACAAUGGGUGUGGUGUAUUCCAUGUACAAAGAAUACCUGGCCCCAAGGUACUCUGGAAGCAACAGCAAGUAGUGGGCCUGUGUUCCAGAAAUGUCUUCAUGUCUCUUGUAUCUCACUAAAAACCACUGUUGUAGUACUACUUUUAGGAGGCUACACCUGCACUGUGUUCCUACAUGUUGUAAUUUUUGUGAAUCACAAAAAAAAAAAAAAUCACAUUUUUACCUUGAGGUACUCUCAACUUCUGAAUAAUGAAGAAUGCAGUUUAUGCACAUGUUUCAGUGUGGCUUUAUAAUUGAAACUACGUUGAGAUGUAUGUAGAUGUGAAGCUUAUUUAUUAACAUGAAUAGGCACUUCUAUGUUUAUGUUGUUUUUUCAUACAAUGGGCAGCAGAUGAAACGAAAACAGAACUUAAUGUAUCUGAAAAGGCAAAAAAGAAUGAGAUGAAGAAUACUUAUGUUUUUAAUAAAUAUUUAAAAAAUAUUGUUUAAUUGGCAUUAACUUGUCUUGCUAGUAGAAGUGUCUAAGACUGUAGAUGCAAACACAAUAAACACAUUGAUGCUGUGGUUUCUCUAACAAUUUGAAUUUUCUUUAUAAGCCUGUUUUGAUGUAUGUUCAUGUAGAACGACUGCAUAUUACAUCUUUUAAUUUUGUUAAAGGAAAGAAUUGUAGGAUGCACUGCAACUACAUGAAGUUUAUGAGAUGAAAGUUAAACUUAUUUCCCAUCAGAGUACAGUAACAAGCCACCAAGAACAAUUAUUUUUACAUGUUAGAAUGUCACCUGCAAGUUCUUGACUUGAUCUGUGAAUUUAAGCAUUGUAAAAUGUAUGUCAUGAAUUUCUGUAUGCAUAUAAUAACAAUCAUAUGCAUGAGAAAUCAAAACUAUAUCACACACAGUAUAAGUUACCAUAUAAUGGUGAAAAAUGUCUUGGAAUAUAAUGUUUUUUAUUUGAUGAACAAAUAAUUUGGAAGAAACUAAAUCAAAAGACCCUGGAGUUUAAAAACAACACUUGUGUCAGAGGAUUUAAUUCUGUUUACUCUCAAGGCUACAGUGUAUUCAUCUACACAUAUCUUUUUCAAUCCUUGUAAUCCCUGUUGCAGUUACAUGUUCUGUCCUUGUUCACAUGGAUUUCCUCCAGGCAUUCUUGUUAUUUCCUACAGUCCAGAGACAAGAAUUUCAGGUGGACCAGUGAUUCUAAAUUGCUGUUAGUAUGUGAAUGUUCUGUGAGUUUGGCUGCCCUGCAAUGGGUUGGUGUCCCAUCCAGAGUAUACCCUGUAUAACCCAUUGUUCUGCGCUUCUGGGACAGGCUCAGGACGACUGUGCUCCUGCUUUAGGAUAGGCGGUUAUUGGUAGUGAGUGAGAACAUUCUGUUGUGUUAUAAAUGGGGUUUUGUCCUGUUUCGUUACAGUCCAUUUAUAACGACGUGGGAAACAAUUCACAUGUACUUUACUAUAAUCAAAAAAGUGGGAUGCUACUUGUUCUUUGGAUUUUCAGGCUUUUCUUAGCUCUGAAACAGUCAUAGCCAGUAACCUAAAUAAAUGUGCCUGAAACCUUCUGGAUAAUAUAACUGAUGACCUUCAAAAGUACAACAUGGAGAAUAAUGUAAAGUUUCAUAUGAUUAGCUGUAUUUAAUUUUGGAACUCCUAAAGUUAACUGCCACCCUUAAAUGUAGUACAUAA